GCCCACGCCUUCUGGAGCCUGUGUGUCACCGCCGUCCUCGUCACCUCAGCCACACAAGGUCUGAGCCGUGCCGGCCUGCCCUUCGGCCUGGUGCGGCGGGAACUGGCCUGCGAGGGCUACCCCAUCGAGCUGCGCUGCCCGGGCAGCGACGUCAUCAUGGUGGAGAACGCCAACUACGGGCGCACGGACGACAAGAUCUGUGACGCCGACCCCUUCCAGAUGGAGAACGUGCAGUGCUACCUGCCCGACGCCUUCAAGAUCAUGUCCCAGAGGUGCAAUAACCGGACGCAGUGCGUGGUGGUGGCCGGAUCGGACGCUUUCCCGGACCCCUGUCCCGGAACCUACAAGUACCUGGAGGUCCAGUAUGACUGUGUCCCAUACAAAGUGGAACAAAAAGUAUUCGUUUGCCCGGGGACCCUACAGAAGGUGCUGGAGGCCACGUCCACCCACGAAUCAGAGCAUCAGUCGGGCGCCUGGUGCAAAGAUCCGUUGCAAGCUGGCGACCGGAUCUACGUCAUGCCGUGGAUUCCCUACCGGACAGACACGCUGACGGAGUAUGCCUCGUGGGAGGACUACAUGGGCGCCCGCCACACCACCACCUACCGGCUACCCAACCGCGUGGACGGCACGGGCUUCGUGGUGUACGACGGGGCCGUCUUCUACAACAAGGAGCGGACGCGCAACAUCAUCAAGUACGACCUGCGGACCCGCAUCAAGAGCGGCGAGACGGUGAUCAACACGGCCAACUACCACGACACCUCGCCCUACCGCUGGGGGGGGAAGACCGACAUCGACCUGGCCGUGGACGAGAACGGGCUGUGGGUGAUCUACGCCACGGAGGGCAACAACGGGCGCCUGGUGGUGAGCCAGCUCAACCCCUACACCCUGCGCUUUGAGGGCACCUGGGAGACGGGCUACGACAAGCGCUCGGCCUCCAACGCCUUCAUGGUGUGCGGGGUGCUGUACGUGGUGCGCUCCGUCUACGUGGAUGACGACAGUGAGGCGGCCGGCAACCGUGUGGACUACGCCUUCAACACCAACCUCAACCGGGAGGAGCCGGUCUCACUGGCCUUCCCCAACCCCUACCAGUAUGUCUCCUCCGUGGAUUACAACCCCCGCGACAACCAGCUCUACGUCUGGAACAACUACUUUGUGGUGCGCUACGCCCUGGAGUUCGGGCCCCCCGACCCCAGCACGGGCCCCGUCACCUCCACGCCGCUCAGCACCACCACCACGGUGCGGCCCACCACCGUCACCACCACGGCCUCGCCCGCCGCCACCACCACGGCGCGCCGGGCCAUCAAGAGCGGGGAGAAUGCGGCCAACAUUGCCAGCGAGCUGGCGCGGCACACGCGGGGGCCCAUCUACGCCGGCGACGUCAGCUCCUCCGUCAAGCUGAUGGAGCAGCUGCUGGACAUCCUGUUAUCCAGUGGCUGUCACCCUGCUUCUGUGACUGAGGCCGGGGCUAGCAGGGACCUGAGGCAGGCCAUGCGGAUUUGGCUUCAAGGUGGGAACGUAUCCGGAGGAUCAAAGUUCAGGCCCUCGGCACUGGGAUCUGGCCCUGACUUUUCCUUCUUUUCUGUUCCCUGUGUCCCCCCUGCUCCAUGUGCCGCUGCCUGGCCCCUUCAGAUGCACAAGCGAGAGCGGACCUGCAAAGACUACAUCAAGGCUUUGGUGGAGACCGUGGACAAGCUGCUGCGGCCGGAGGCACUGGAGUCGUGGAAGGACAUGAACGCCACGGAGCAGGUGCACACGGCCACCAUGCUGCUGGACAUCCUGGAGGAGGGCGCCUUCCUGCUGGCCGACAACGUCAAGGAGCCCGCGCGCUUCGUCACCACCCGGCAGAACGUGGUGCUGGAGGUGACGGUGCUGAACACGGAGGGGCAGGUGCAGGAGCUGGUCUUCCCGCAGGAGUACGCCAGCGAGAACUCCAUCCAGCUCUCGGCCAAAACCAUCAAGCAGAACAGCCGCAACGGGGUGGUCAAGGUCGUCUUCAUCCUCUACAACAACCUGGGCUUCUUCCUGUCCACCGAGAACGCCACCGUCAAGCUGAGCGGGGAGGCAGGUGCCCCCAGCCCGGCCCUGUCUUCCUCCAUCCCCGAUGCCUGAGCUCCUGUCACCCCCCCUGCCACUGACCCCCCCCACGCGCUGUCGCCCCCACAGGCUAAGAACCACUUCAACGCCAACUGCUCCUUCUGGAACUACUCGGAGCGCUCCAUGAUGGGCUACUGGUCGACGCAGGGCUGCCGCCUGGUGGACACCAACAAGACGCACACCACCUGCGCCUGCAGCCACCUCACCAACUUCGCCGUGCUCAUGGCGCACCGCGAGAUCUACCAGGGCCGCAUCAACGAGCUGCUGCUGUCGGUCAUCACCUGGGUGGGCAUCGUCAUCUCGCUGGUGUGCCUGGCCAUCUGCAUCUCCACCUUCUGCUUCCUGCGCGGGCUGCAGACCGACCGCAACACCAUCCACAAGAACCUCUGCAUCAGCCUCUUCCUCGCCGAGCUCCUCUUCCUCAUCGGCAUCGACAAGACGCAGUACGAGAUCGCCUGCCCCAUCUUCGCGGGGCUGCUGCAUUACUUUUUCCUGGCAGCCUUCUCCUGGAUGUGCCUGGAGGGCGUCCACCUCUACCUCAUGCUGGUGGAGGUUUUCGAGAGCGAGUACUCCCGCAAGAAGUACUAUUACCUGGCUGGCUACUGCUUCCCAGCCCUCGUAGUGGGUAUCGCCGCAGCCAUCGACUACCGCAGCUACGGCACCGGCUGGGGCUGCUGGCUCCGAGUGGACAAUUACUUCAUCUGGAGCUUCAUUGGCCCCGUCUCCUUCAUCAUCGUGGUCAACCUGCUCUUCCUCAUGAUCACGCUGCACAAGAUGAGCCGCAGCACGGCCGUGCUCAAGCCCGACUCCAGCCGCCUGGACAACAUCAAGUCCUGGGCCCUGGGCGCCGUUGCUCUCCUCUUCCUUUUGGGACUCACCUGGGCCUUCGGCCUCCUCUUCAUCAACAAGGAGUCCAUCGUCAUGGCCUAUCUCUUCACCACCUUCAACGCCUUCCAGGGCAUGUUCAUCUUUGUCUUCCACUGUGCCCUGCAGAAGAAGGUGCACAGGGAGUUCAGUAAAUGCCUACGUCACGCGUCCUGCUGCCUGCGACGGCCGGCCCUGCCCAGCUUGGCGUGCGUGCUGGUGGGGGAGAUACACUCCCCAUUAUCCCUCAGGGUGGGGGGACACGGGGUGCCCUGCAGAGGUGCUGACACACCCACCUCUGCUGCUUCUGCAGGGACCAUGGGGAACCACCUGCUGACCAACCCGGUGCUGCAGACACGAGGUGGCACCAGCCCCUACAACACCCUCAUUGCCGAGUCCGUGGGCUUCAACCCCUCCUCGCCCCCCGUCUUCAACUCCCCAGCCCCUGCGGUGGGCCUGGGCCCGGCCCAGACCAGCACCCCCUCGGGGCCGCCCGCCCCCUCCGGUGGCAGCGGGGGCGGGGAGGAGGAGGCAGCGGCGCCCGAGGCCCCGGCCCUGAGCCACGAGGAGAACCUGGAGAUCGAACUCAUGUACAAGGCCCUGGAGGAGCCGCUGCUGCUGCAACGGGCUCAGUCCAUCCUCUACCAGAGCGACCUCGAGGAGUCGGAGAGCUGCACGGCCGAUCUGACCGAGGGCGGAGACGGCCAGGCCCCUUCCCCCAACAGGGACUCCUUGUACACCAGUAUGACCAACCUGAGAGACUCCCCUUACCCGGACAGCAGCCCCGAGGCGGUUGGGGAAAUCCUCCCUCACGCCCAAGCCAUCAAUGAAAUCUACUACACCAACCGGCCCGCCUUGGUGCCCCGCAGCCAGCUCCAAGCCUACUACCAGGUCCGGAGACCUAGCACUGACGGCUACUUGGUUCAAGCCGGCUUAGAGGGCCCAGUGCCAGAGGGAGACGGUCAAAUGCAGCUGGUCCCCAGCCUCUGAAGGCUAGGAGCGGACUGAGGAGCCGCCCCGAGCUGCCGCCUCUGCCCCCACCUCAUCCCACCUUCGCCAAAAGGAGCCCCUCCCCUCGGGCCAUGGCCUGGAGUUUUUAAUUUUUGCCCUGGGAUGCUGAGAGAGAGAAGGGUGGGGAGCUGGAGAAGGACACAGGACGGGAAAGAGGAGAUGUGCCGGAAAGGGCCGGUGUUAAUCCCCUCCGGGAAGUGUGGCCGUGUCGGUUCUCUUCCUCCUGCCCACCUGGUGGAGACGGGAGGAGGAAAAUGGGGCGUUCCUGCUUUUGUUUUGGAAGUAAAGAGGGAGGAGGGGUGGGAAGGAAGGAAUGAAAAACACACUGGCCGGACAACAGGAUCUCGCUUUUUUUAGCGUUUUAAGGUCAUGCCUCUUCAGUUUGGGUUUGGUUUUUUUAUGUUUGUUUUGUGGGGACAAAAGAUCACAAAGAAGCAGAGCAGGGAAACCAACUUUCUUUGGAACGUGUGUUAAAAACAGAUCAGAACCGUGGAGAAAGGGCCGACUGGGCCUGUCUCAGAGGCCGAGAACGCCCCCAGAUACACACACCGGCACCCACGUCUAGGCCAUCCCGGCUCCCCCACAUGUGCACCUUGGCAAUGGCAAACAGGGAUCCGAUUGGUCAGGAGAGAGAAGGGCAGGUGGAGCAUCUUCUAAUGGCCUCCACUUUCUUCUAUACGAACUUUGCCAAAAAAAAUAUAUAUGUAUAGAUAUAUAGAGAGCUAUAAAGAGAGAGCUAUAUCUAGAGAGAGAGGUGGGGGUGGGGUUUUUUUGGGUCUGGAUAGAGAUUAUGUUGAAUCCGGUGCUGACCUUCCAGUAUUUGUCAGCCAGGGGGAAACUGAGGCAUGGUGGGGAAGGGACUCUUAAAGUCAUUCAUCGACAGGGAUUUGAGUUCCGUUCUUUUUUAUGCCAAACCAUCAGCAAAGUCUGCAGGAGACAUGGGGAGAGGCACUUUUUUUUUUCUUUCAAAAGCCUUCUCAGCCUCAGAGGAGGAGGAAGUGGCAUUGAGGUGGCCGUCCUUGCUUUGGGUUUUUGUUUUCCUUUGCUGGGGGCCUUCCCCCGUCUUCCCGGCGCAGAAAUCAAACAAAGCCCUGCUCUGGGAGCUGGUGGAGGAAGCCGGGAGCAGAGGGGGUGUUUCCCGGGCUGUCGGUGUAAUUGUUGAAUCCACGGUCCCCACUUUCUGCUGCCACUUCUGUCAAGAUGCACGUACCAUUUUCCUACGGCUCGGAGGGAAGUUUGGAAACUCCUGCAGCUCUUCCCCGUCUGUGGUUUCCUGCUCUGCUUUUAUUUCCUCCUCUGAAGACAUGCAGAAGUCAGGUGCCUCAUCGGAGCAGCUGUCUGAACCCAUUUGGGUCAAGAUGCGAGGGGGGGAGAAUUUGGGGGGACUCUUUGACACUUGAACCGUUUCCCCCCAAAAAUAAGCUGGAUCAUCUUUGAGCAAAAGAACAACAGAAACCCAAAUGGCACUUUUUUUUGUCUUUCUUUCAAAGGACAAAACAACAAAAAACAAAAAUUUCUCCCUUUUCAAGCACAACUCUGAAUUCUCUCACCCUCUUCUUCCCGAGAGAGACCAUGGGAGCCAAUAUCACAUGAAGACAUCAUUUCGCUGGGGGGGUGGGGCUUAGGGUGGGCUGGUUAAUUCGAGGGAGGCGGGCAGGGAUAGAGAUUGAAAUGCUGUAAAUAUGAAAUUUCAAGCAAACAAAAAAGGGGAAGUGAAUAAUCCCUUGAAAAAUGAAAUGGGGAUUUAAAACAAAAUACAACCAAUCAACCACAGUCCCAGGGAACAGCUUGUGUCCUGGAUUUAAAAUAUAUAUCUAUAUCUCUGUAGACAUAUAGAUAUAUACUGAGCUCUGCUCCAGCCCCAUUGACUGUUCGGGGGGCAGGUGAAGGGAACAAGGAGACCCCCUCCACUUUUGAUGAAGACAAGGGAAGGGAUCACAAAAACUAAGAGCAGAUUUUUACAAUCAAAACAAAAAAAGAAAAAAAUAACUUUUUGGCACAAUUUUUAUGUAAUAUAUACAUAUAAUGCGUCAUUUCUGUGACUUUCUCAACAUUCCCUUUUCCUGCUGGAUAGGGUACUUUUUUCAUACAUCUUGACAUGAAUCGGUCAUUUUCUCACUCACUGCCACUGUGGAAUUGUGGG